AUGCUGCGCGUCCGCUACAACCCGCAGACGCCCCCCUUCGUCACUCUCUGCGUCUCGGCGCUGCUGGAGAGAGGCUUGGCUGCCUGCGUCCCCGACAACAAACUCCAGGGGCCUCUGGUCAUCGUGAAGCGGGCGGACGGCGCCCGCGAGGAACAGUUCUCCGACGUCGCCGCGGCCAAAAUCCUCUGCCGCCUCAGCUCCAAGACUCUCCUGCUUUACCCCGCGGCGGGGUUUUCGCGUGUCUCGCUGGAGGAGGCCUCCGCGACUGCGAGCGUCGACGCGAUGCUGUCACUUGCGGCGUCUCUCCAGGCUGCCUCUGCGCUCUCGCCUAAGCAGCUCGGCGGCCUCAGCGCCCACCUGCAGCUGCGCACAUUCGUCGCUGGCUACCGCCUCUCUCUCGCAGACUUGGCGCUCUACUCGCAGCUCCGCAGGCUCGCAGACACUGAGGCCCAGGGCGGCGUCGCUCCCGCAGGAUGGAAGGACAAGUUCGUUCACGUGUCGCGUUGGUAUUCCUUCCUUCACGGUCAGCAGCCGAUCGCGGGCGCCGUGGGCAGUGCGCUGCGAAAAGCCGGUUCAGGAGCCAACGCUCCGGAGGCGCGGAAAGCAGACAGCGAGAAGGGCAAGAAGGGCGCUGGCUCCGCUUCUGGCGACAAGAAAGAGGCCGCCUCCGCGCAGGCCUCUUACGAAGGCAAACUCGAGGGCGCAGUCGAGGGUAAGGUGGUGACGCGCUUCCCGCCGGAGCCUUCCGGCUUCCUGCACAUCGGGCACGCCAAGGCUGCGCUGCUGAACCACUACUUCGCCAGCAAAUACAAGGGCAAAAUGAUCUUCAGAUUCGACGACACGAAUCCGGCGAGAGAGAACCAGGAGUUCGAGUCGAGCAUUGCUGAGGAUCUGCGCAUGCUGAACGUCGACUGGGCUGCGAUUACGCACACUUCGGACUACUUUGAGCACUUGCAGAAUCUCUGCGAACGCCUCAUCAAGGAAGGCAAGUUCUACGUCGACGACACGCCGACGGAGGUCAUGCGCGAGCAGCGUGGCGAAGGCAUCGAGUCCUGCCGAAGGAACGCUUCUGUCGAAGAGAGUCUGCAGCGGUGGAGCGAGAUGUUGAAGGGGUCUGCAGCUGGACAGCAGUGCUGCGUGCGCGCCAAGAUCGACAUGCAGUCGAAGAAUAAGUGCAUGCGCGACCCCGUGAUGUAUCGCUGCGUGGCGGACGUCCGCCACCACCGCCACGGCGACCGCUUCAAGGCCUACCCGACUUACGACUUUGCCUGUCCCGUAGUGGACGCCGUGGAAGGCGUCUCUCACGCACUCCGCACCAAUGAGUACGCGGACCGCAUUCCUCAGUACCAGUGGGUUCAACAGGCCGCCGGGCUCGCUCCAGUGCGCAUCUACGAGUUCAGUCGGCUCUGCUUCGUGCGCACGCUGCUCUCCAAGCGCAAACUCAAGUACUUUGUUGACAACGGAUUCGUCGAGGGCUGGGACGACCCGCGCAUGCCGACUGUCAGAGGCAUUCGCCGGCGCGGGCUGCAGGUCGAGGCGCUGCUGGACUUCAUUCUCGAGCAGGGCCCCAGCAAGGCGGGCAAUCUGAUGGAGUGGGAUAAACUGUGGACGAAGAACAAGCAGCUGAUCGACCCUGUUGUCCCGCGCUUCAUGGCUGUCGGAAAGGACGCCGUGCCGGUCUUCAUCAAGGGUGCGCCGGAGGCCGCCGAGACGAAGAAGCGUCGCAUGCAUGCGAAGAACGAAACCUUGGGAGAGGGAGACCUCUGGCUGCUGAACAAGGUCUUCGUCGACCGCGACGACGCCGCCAUGUGCGAGAAUGGAGAAGAGGUGACUCUGAUGCACUGGGGAAACUGCGUCUUUGAGCAGAUUGUGAAGAACGAGGCAGGCGAGGUCAUCGAGAUCCAAGCUACCCUCCACCUGGAGGGCGACUUCCGCAAGACGAAGAAGAAGCUCCACUGGCUCGCCAACCUCAACGGCCUCGCCUCCCCGCCCGCCAAGAGUGCAGAGCUGGUGCUGCGGGAGUACGAUCACCUCAUCACCGUAGACAAGUUGGACCAAGAAGAAGACAACUGGGAGAAGUUCAUCAACCCCAAGACGCUUUUUGACACACCUGCGAUCGGCGACCCGCUUCUCUGCCAGCUGAAAGAAGGCGAUCUGCUGCAGCUGGAGCGCCGCGGCUACUUCCGAGUGGACAAGGCCGGCGAGCAGCUCGUUCUAAUCAAGAUUCCGGACGGUCGCUCGAAGGCCAUGAGCGCGGUCUCUUCCAAGGUCGAUGCCGCGAAACUCUCAGGCGCGAAAAUCACCGGCAAGAAGAACUAA